GUCACUUCCACAGUAACACAGGAAGUGUGAGGUGGCUGUCUGGGCUAGAAGCGAAAUGUCUGCCAUUUUUAACUUCCAGAGCCUCCUCACGGUUAUCCUGUUGCUAAUUUGCACAUGUGCAUACAUCCGUUCCUUAGCGCCGAGUCUGCUAGAUAAGAACAAAACUGGGUUCCUGGGCAUUUUCUGGAAAUGUGCGAGAAUAGGUGAGAGGAAGAGUCCUUACGUGGCCGUCUGCUGUGUCGUAAUGGCCUUCACCAUCUUAUUUUCGGAGUAGCAAUGGGCCGCACAACACGGACACUUUGACAUCUAAAGGGGGAGGCUGAGGACCAGGCUCUGCAGUCUCCCCCACUGCGCGACAUGUGACUUAUCAACAUUUGGACUCCAUUGUCUGGUCUGAGCUGAGGUCUCAUUGAAGCACAGUAGUUCUGCACAGGGAGUGCACUGAAGUACAUCCUGUGCGUUACAAGCGUUUGCCUCGUGGACCUGCUGUUUGUAAACAUGAUUGUUUUCUUUGUUGCUCCCUAUGCGGUGUCCCGUUGGUGUAUCUUCAUGUCACUACCAUUAUUUUGCCACUUUAUCAAACCAGAUGUCUUGAGGGGGGUGGGGGAGUAAAGGGACAACGUUGCAGAUUUGUCGAGGAUUUCAAUACAAUAUAACUCUUAAGUAACGAUAUGGAUGUACAUUUGUUUAUAGAUGUGCACUCCUUAUUACCAAAAUGAUGCUCCUGUGAUUUCAAAUCAUAAGACUAAGUUUUACAGCGAUAUCAUGAUGGACGGGAUCAUAAUUCAGGUUGUUUAGUGUUUUUGUGACAAUUUUUGUUUUCUUCAUUAAAACACAUGGUUAUUAAACCAGAACAGUCUGUUAAUGUCAAUAAAAACAUAUUUGUUGUA